AUUGUUUUCUUCUCUUCUGCACUUUUCCAAAAAUAUUCACAUUCUUGGUGAGAUCAUCCGGAAAGCUUGGUUUUGCCAAUUAUUAUCAUUACUACAGGCCAGAAAGACAGACUCAUUGAUGGGGUUCCCUUCCAACCAACAUGAACAUCCCCACGGGCAUCAUGUAGUCCCCAGUGGCGAGACUUUUCAUGCCUCGCAUUUCGAAACCCAAGGCCAUCAUUUACAGCCUCCAGUCACAGACAGUGAAGGCGACAGUGUCUGCACCAUCAUCCACGACAACGACUCUGAAGCAAGACGCCAAUUACUCGCCCCAGCGCCCGAUCUCACCCCUCACCGGUUAUCCUCUGACUCCAACUCUUCCUCGGACUCUGACUCUGACUCUGACACCGACGAACCCCCACGCACACACGGCACAGACGAAAAUGAGGACGAAAAACCCGUAACAUGGCGCUCUCUCCCCAAAAAGAGCCAACUGGCUAUCCUCACCUUCGCCCGGCUCUCGGAACCCCUCACCCAAACCUCCCUGCAGGCGUACAUGUUCUACCAGCUUAAAUCGUUCAAUCCGGCGCUUCCUGACUCGACUAUUUCCGCGCAGGCGGGGAUCUUGCAGGGCUGUUUCACCGCGGCGCAGUUUGUCACUGCAGUUUGGUGGGGGCGGAUUGCGGAUUCUGAGUUGAUGGGACGGAAGAGGGUGUUGCUGAUUGGGCUGUUGGGGACCUGUAUUUCGUGUUUGGGGUUUGGGUUUUCGAGGUCGUUUGUUACUGCUGCCGUGUUUCGGACGUUGGGGGGUUGUUUGAAUAGUAAUGUUGGGGUUAUGAGGACGAUGAUUGCGGAGAUUAUUGAGGAGAAGAAGUACCAGUCGAGGGCGUUUCUCUUACUGCCAAUGUGCUUCAAUAUUGGUGUGAUUAUCGGUCCUGUUCUUGGUGGUACGCUGGCCGAUCCAGCGAGAAGUUAUCCGCAUCUAUUCGGGCCUGGUUCGGUGUUUGGGGGUAAAGAUGGCGUGUAUUGGAUGCAGAGAUGGCCGUUUGCUUUGCCGAAUGUGCUCAGUGGUUUUUUCAUUUUCGCGUCUUUGUUGGCUGUCUUUCUCGGGUUGGACGAAACUCAUGAAAUUGCUCGGUAUCGAAGCGAUUGGGGCCGCAAGCUGGGCCGGUCACUCGUUCGAGCUCUCUCCCGACGUAAGGAUCGUGGUCACUACCGCCCUCUGACCAACCAAGGAGAUGAUCUAUACAUCGAUGAAAGCAUUCUCGGUAGAUCGACUCCUUCCAGUCCGGCUCGUGCUCGUGUCCAAUCUCGACGUAAGCGUCCGGGCUUCCGUCAAAUCUGGACACGCAAUAUCCUUUUAACGCUACUGGCCCAUUUUCUCCUCGCAUUCCACACCAGCGCCUUCAAUUCCAUGACUUUCACGUUCCUCCCAGCCCCAAGAGCUCCAGAGGGCAGCCGGGACGGUCUGUUCCACUUCGGCGGUGGUCUUGGUCUACCAUCUUCCCGAGUCGGUCUUGCAACCGCCAUUAUCGGAAUCAUCGGUCUACCAUUACAGAUUUUUGUCUAUCCGCACAUCCAAUCUCGUUUGGGGACACUUGCUUCUUUCCGCACGUUCUUGCCCUUCUCGCCCUUGUCGUAUGCUUUGAUGCCGUUCAUUGUUAUCAUUCCACGACUGCCUUGGUUGGUGUGGCCCUCUUUUACCAUUGUCGUUGCUCUACAGGUUAUCUCCCGGACAUUUGCCCUCCCAGCUGCGAUCAUCCUGGUGAACAACUCAGUUACGAACCCUUCUGUCUUAGGCACCGUUCAUGGAGUUGCGCAGAGUAUAUCGAGUGCGGCACGAACUCUGGGCCCUAUGAUUGGAGGUUGGGGUCUGGGGUUGGGACUGCACAAUAACAUGGUAGGAGGUAUCUGGUGGGCAUUGGCUAUCGAGGCGAUGCUGGGUUGGUUGCUCCUCUACACUAUCUACGAGGGCAAGGGUAUUGAGAAGAAGAAAGAGCCGACUGAAGAUGAGGAUUAGGGUGAUAUUCCCUUUUGAUAAGCCCUUUGGUGGCAUACAUUGACUUGACAUGACAUUAAUAUUUAUGAGAGACGCAUUAUGAUUGUGUAUAGCAUAUAGUCAGCUAUAGAGAAAAGAAUUGCGUUUCAUUCAUUUCAUCGUGCUUCAUGAGACAUUAGUACAGUACGAUAGUUAUUACUCCCAAACUCUGGCCAUAGACUUUGAAAGUCAUCCAUGGAAGCUCCUCAUGUCCGUUCAACAGACUUCAUAAAGCUUUAACAGCAGUAAUAAACGCCUUGAUAGCCUCCCUCGCAUCCCCAUCAUGAGCCUUCAACAACUCCGUCGCCCUGAU